AAAGACAGCCAUAUUAUCGGAUGAGCACUCAGCGGAUCCCCUGUUCUUUUCGCGUGAAAUGGCCAUCAAGUUUCUGUAUUCCUUCGUCGCUGCUGCUGUCAGCACCACAGCAGUCCUCGUCAACGCCAAGGCAUCUGCGCCGCUCCGGUUCGCAGGUGUGAAUAUUGCAGGCUUUGACUUCGGUUGUGGCACAGAUGGCACUUGCGUUGCUUCAGGCGCUGUUCCCCCUAUUCACAAACUAUCCGGUAUUGACGGCUUGGGCCAAAUGCAACAUUUUGUCAAUGACGGCUACAAUGUGUUCCGUCUCCCUGUUGGUUGGCAGUAUCUCACUAAUGACAAGAUGACUGGCGUCUUGGAUAAGACUCAGUUUGCCAAAUAUAACACGCUGGUGUCCGACUGUCUGAGCACUGGUGCUUACUGUGAGAUUGAUAUCCACAAUUACGCCAGGUACAAUGGGCAGAUUAUCGGUCAAGGCGGUCCAAGCAACAAAAUAUUCGCUGAGCUCUGGUCCAACAUUGCUUCGCACUGGAAAAACGAGACGAAAGUCAUCUUUGGGGUUAUGAACGAACCUCAUGAUAUUCCGAAUAUCGCCGCUUGGGCGGCAUCCGUUACAGCCAUCCGGGAAGCUGGCGCUAAAACUCAGAUGAUUCUCCUCCCCGGGACAGACUAUGCUUCUGCGAAGACUUUCGUAUCCAGUGGUUCUGCCAAUGCUCUUGCCAAGGUGAAGAACCCCGACGGCACAUUCACCAACCUCAUUAUGGACGUCCACAGGUACCUCGACUACGAUGGCUCUGGCACCAAUGCUGAGUGCGUGACCAACGGCAUUGAGGACUCAUGGACCCCUCUGGCCACCUGGCUCCGUGCAAACGGUCGGAAGGCCCUCAAUACAGAGACUGGCGGUGGGAACGUAGAAUCUUGCGUAAAGUACGUAUCACAGCAGAUCAGCCACCAGGCGUCUCAAUCUGAUGUUAUCCUCGGCUACAUUGGGUGGGCGGCUGGCUCCUUCGCCACAAACUAUGUGCUUUCUCAGGCGCCUUCCUACAGCGGUACCAGCUGGAAUGACACGCUCUUGGUCUCGAUGGCCAUGUCGCCCAAAAUUAAUAAGCACAUUGCAACCGUAGCAUAAAACUAGUGUAGAUUAUUUUACAGCAUAGACACUUUUUGUAAUGGUGACCGGGUUUAAGGAACGUCUGAGACGUCAUCCUGUUUACUAUUCCCCAUGCCAGUGUGAAGUGA